GACUGGUAACGCCUGCCUCGGUGUCUCUGCCUUCCAUUCGUCGGGCCUGGCUGUGUCGUUGGCCGUGGAAGGUUCCCGGCGUCUUCUCCGCUGCUUCUUGUCUUCCGAAGCUGACCCUCAUCCCCCGGGAACCGUGACUCGGGGCCGGUACUGUUGUUGCAGGGCGUUGCGUGAGUCCGGGGCCCAGGAACGGAGACCGGGGGAGAGGGGGGGAGGUGGAAGGAAGAGAGGCUGACAACACAGAGCCGUCCAUAGGAGGUGACGAGGAGUCUCACAUACAGGGCAGGCCUGAGCGGUGCUGGCGGCGGCUGUUACCUGAGCGAGUGACGCAGCUGGGAGCAUUCUACUAAUCGGUGCCCCGCGGCGGGCACAGAGGGUCUCCUCCCCGGGCUCUGAUGAUGUACCCGCGGCGGGGGUCCGGAUCUUACCCGGCAUCUCCUCUCACCAGCGGCUGAGCCUCCCCUAUACACCAGCGGUAUGGCAUCACAGCUGCAGGUGUUCUCCCCUCCUUCAGUGUCGUCCAGUGCCUUCUGUAGUGCUAAGAAACUCAAAGUCGAGCCUUCUGGCUGGGAUGUUACGGGACAGGGUAAUAGCAACAAGUAUUACGCACACAGCAAAAACCUUGCUCAAGGGCACACAAGUUCAUCUCACCAGGUAGCCAAUUUCAGGCUACCGGCCUAUGAGCCCCACCUCUUAAUCCCAGCCACUGCAGCAGAGCACAUUGUGGUAACUGCUGCAGACAGCACAGGCAGCGGACCUACGACCUCCUUCCAGAGCAGACAGAUUUUAAACCAUAGAAGUAACCUUUUACUGGAACCCUACCAAAAAUGUGGACUGAAAAGAAAAAGUGAGGAGGUGGACAGCAACGGUAGCGUGCAGAUUAUUGAUGAACGGCCACCUCUGAUGCUGCAAAACAGAACCGCGGUGGGUGCUGCUGCCACAACCACCACUGUAACCACUAAAAGCAGCAGUUCUAAUGGGGAGGGGGAUUACCAGCUUGUUCAACAUGAAAUCCUGUGUUCCAUGACUAACAGCUAUGAGGUCUUGGAGUUUUUGGGUAGGGGGACAUUUGGCCAAGUGGCAAAAUGCUGGAAGCGUAGCACAAAGGAAAUUGUUGCCAUUAAGAUCUUAAAGAACCACCCUUCCUAUGCCAGGCAAGGUCAAAUAGAGGUGAGCAUCCUCUCUCGCUUGAGCAGCGAAAAUGCAGAUGAGUACAACUUUGUGCGUUCCUAUGAGUGCUUCCAGCACAAGAACCACACUUGCCUUGUUUUUGAAAUGUUGGAGCAGAACCUUUAUGACUUCCUCAAGCAAAACAAGUUCAGUCCUCUUCCAUUGAAGUACAUCAGACCUAUCUUGCAGCAGGUGGCCACUGCCCUAAUGAAGCUGAAAAGCUUGGGGUUAAUCCAUGCCGACUUAAAACCAGAGAACAUAAUGCUAGUUGAUCCAGUUCGCCAGCCUUAUCGAGUGAAGGUGAUAGACUUUGGUUCUGCCAGUCACGUAUCAAAAGCAGUGUGCUCCACCUACCUACAGUCUCGGUACUACAGGGCACCUGAAAUCAUUCUUGGGUUGCCGUUUUGUGAAGCAAUAGACAUGUGGUCCUUGGGUUGUGUCAUAGCAGAAUUGUUCCUUGGAUGGCCUCUCUACCCUGGUGCAUCAGAGUAUGAUCAGAUCAGAUACAUCUCUCAGACUCAAGGACUACCUGCAGAAUAUCUUCUCAGUGCUGGAACAAAGACCUCAAGAUUUUUCAAUAGAGAUCCAGACUUGGGCUAUCCACUGUGGAGGUUAAAGACCCCAGAGGAACAUGAAAUAGAAACUGGAAUCAAAUCGAAGGAAGCUCGGAAGUAUAUCUUUAAUUGCUUGGACGACAUGGCUCAGGUGAAUAUGUCUACUGACCUAGAGGGCACAGAUAUGUUGGCUGAGAAGGCAGACAGAAGAGAAUAUAUAGAUUUGUUGAAGAAAAUGUUGACCAUUGAUGCAGAUAAGAGGAUAACUCCAAUGAAAACCUUGAACCAUCCCUUUGUUACUAUGACUCACCUGUUGGAUUUCCCUCAUAGUAAUCACAUAUUAAUGCUGGUUGACUUUCCCUAUAGUGUGAAGUCAUGUUUCCAAAACAUGGAGAUCUGCAAGCGAAGGAACAACAUGUAUGAUGCAGUUAACCAGAUUAAGAGUCCUUUUACAACUCACGUUGCUCCCAAUACAAGCACAAAUCUGACGAUGAGCUUCAACAAUCAGCUGAACACUGUGCACAACCAGGCUAGUGUUCUGGCUUCAAGUUCAUCUGCUGCAGCAACGCUUUCACUGGCAAAUUCCGAUGUCUCCCUACUGAACUAUCAGUCAGCACUUUACCCACCAUCUGCAGCUCCGAUGACUGGUGUCACACAGCAAGGUGUUCCUCUACAGCAUGGAGCAACUCAGCUCUGCACCCAGCCAGAUCCAUUCCAGCAGACGUUUAUUGUUUGUCCUCCAGCAUUUCAAGCUGCUGGCCUUCAAGCAACUGCCAAGCAUUCCGGCUUUCCUGUUCGCAUGGACAGUAGCGUCCCUAUUGUGCCACAAGCUCCUGCUGCUCAACCUCUCCAGAUCCAGUCAGGAGUCCUGACACAGGGAAGCUGUACACCACUAAUGGUAACAACUCUUCAUCCACACGUAGCCACCAUCACACCGCAGUAUGCGGUACCAUUUACCUUGAACUGCGCAGCCGGGCGGCCGGCCUUAGUUGAACAGACUGCUGCUGUACUGCAGGCUUGGCAUGGUGGAACACAGCAGAUCCUACUACCAUGGCAGCAGCUUCCUGGGGUUGCCCUUCAUAACUCUGUUCAGCCAACAACUGUGAUCCCUGAAACUAUUGGAAGUAACCAGCAGCUUGCAGAUUGGAGAAAUGCCCAUUCCCAUGGAAACCAGUAUAGCGCACUGAUGCAGCAGCCAUCAUUACUUGCUAACCAUGUGACCUUGGCUGCUGCCCAGCCUCUAAACGUGGGGGUUGCACAUGUUGUUCGGCAGCAACAAAAUGGAAACGCAUCGGCAAAGAAAAACAAGCCACAUCAAUCGCACAACACCAAGACCCUUUGUGCUUUGGAUGUUAUUCCGUCGCAAGUUUAUUCACUUGUUGGGAGUAGCCCACUUCAUGCCUCCACUUCAUACAACGCGCUCCUUCCUAUCCAAGAGCAACGCCAACCCAUCAUUAUUCCAGAUACUCCUAGCCCUCCUGUGAGUGUCAUCACCAUCCGCAGUGACACCGAUGAGGAAGAAGAUAGCAAGUACAAGCCAGGAAGCUCUGGGAUGAAAAUGAGAUCCAAUGUUAUAAGUUAUGUCACGGUGAAUGACUCUCCAGAUUCAGACUCCUCUGUCAGCAGUCCGUAUGUGGCUGACCACCUUUCAAACCUCAAUGGUGUUUUCAAUGUCCCUGGUAGCAGAGGCGCUCAUCCACACAAUUCCAGCUCCCGCACGAUUAUUGUACCUCCUCUAAAGACCCAAAUUCAUGAUUGCAGUUUGGAUAAUCACUUGUCAGCAGGUAGUCUUGGCAAUACCGGCAAGUUAAAAUCUUCCAUGUCUUCAAAUGGACAAUCCGGCAGUUGCAUUUCCCAAACAGGCCAUCGUUCCCAUCGUGUGGUAAAUGGAGUGCAGCCUCUCAACCUCAGUCAAAACCAGCAGUCGGCCUCAAUGGGAUCCCAAGAGAGAAGCAUGAAUCCGCCACCUCGUAGGCAACAAGCCUAUGUUGCUCCGCUCCCAUCAAUCUCUCAGGCUCCAUUCACUUUCCAGCACAGCAGCCCCUUGCAUUCCACUGUGCACCCCCACCUUGCGGCAGCUGUGUCGGCCACCAGCCAUCUAACCAGCCAGCCUCACAUGUACACUUAUGCUCCCACAUCUGCUGCAACCCUGGGGUCAACUACAUCCAUUGCUCACUUGUUUUCCCCUCAGGGAUCCUCAAGGCACACAACUUAUGCUACACAUCCCAGUACUCUUGUGCAUCAGGUUCCUGUCAGUGUGGGGCCAAGCUUACUUACCUCUGCCAGUGUGGCUCCUGCACAGUAUCCACACCAGUUUGCCACCCAGUCAUAUAUUGGUGCCUCUAGGGGAUCUGCAAUCUACACUGGAUAUCCUUUAAGUCCAGCCAACAUCAACCAGUACUCUUACCUAUAAAAAAAAAAAUCCUGAAGUUUUUUUUUUUUUUUUCUCUCAAAGAUUUGACUGUUAUAGAACAGGAUUUGCUAGAAGCACGCUUGAAGGAAAAGAGGGUCUCUUCCUUAAUGACUGCAUUUUUGUAGUCUGAUUUAAGCUUGUUCAGUGUUAAAUCAUUCUGUGGUUCUGUGUAUUACCUUUUUUGUAGCAUCAUUGGCAUAGCUCCUUCCAUGUAAAGACUGCAUUGCUACCAGCUGGGCCUCAAUCAUGAAUUGCUGCGGACUGCAAUAACAUUCUUCCCUGUUUUCCUACUUUUUUUCUUUGUUUUUAAUUUUGGGGUUUUAGUGUUUUUAUAUAUAUUUUUUCUUUUUAGUGUGAAUUUAAUAUUUACAAUAUAUAAGCUUACUUUUAGAAUUGUGUAACACAUGAAGUAUUCAUUUUUUUUUAAAGCAUUCAAUUAGUUUUAAUUUUUUUUUUUUAUUAUUGGAUUUUCAGACUUUGCAUCUGAAAGGUAAUAGCUGCUUUGGUUAAAAUGCUCCAGAUCAGAAUUAGGAUUUUUCUUGGCGUUAACUUCAAGUUUGCAGUGUCAUGCAGAAAUGUGACAUGUACCUAGGUCUGUGUCCCCGCUUUUUAGAUAUUGGCCAACCUAUUUUGUUGGCUUAGUAAAUUGUGCACAAAGGAACCUAACAUGAAAAGACGAAUCUGCCUUAUGCUAGUGGCAUGCGCCGAACGUGUUCCCUAAGAUCAAUCAACUUGUGCUGUAAAAUGUCUGUUAGUGGACUCUUACUUUGUAAGGGUAUUUUAAUCUUUUAGAAUAUUUUUCGACAAUCCAGAAAUUAACGUACCAUUAUAGUGCCUAUUCCGAGGUCAGUUUUGAUUAUGCUUAGUACACACAAUCAAAAAAUGAUACGUAAAAUACCACUUUCGAAUUGAUCGUACAAUCUGAUCAUUAGUACACAGCUUUCAUCUGAAAUUAUCGGAAGGGACAACUACAAAAGUUUUCUCUUGCGCUUUCGGAAUGUAUGAUUUUUUUGUUUAAUCUGUAUAGUUUUUGUCUGAAAAUACAAUACUUCAGAUUUUUUUUUCUGUUGUACGAGAAACUUGGGGGAAACGCUUCAUUUUCAAUAAGGCAUGCAAAAAAAAAACUCAUUUGUCUAAGGCUGAGUUCACACAGGCAUUAAGAGCAGGCAUUUGAGAGGUGUUAAAAAGGCCCCUCAAACGUGUAUGCACAACAUACAAUAGACGGCAUAUAGUUCACACUAAGCGUUGGCAUUGUGUUGCUUCAAAAUUGAAGCCUCAUGUCGAGUUAGGAGGCGUUUGAAGCCUUUUUAAUGCCUACCAUUCAAGUCUAUGGCACUGCCUCCCAAAUGCACUGGCAGACAGUUGCGGGGCAAAAAGAUUUGUUCAUUUACUGUAAUGGAAAAGGCAUUUGUGGAACAGUUUUAAUGCUCGUCAAUCACUUCAAACUUUUAACUCAUUAAUGCUUUUAAAACUCCUGUCUAAUGCCCAUACUAAAGCUCAUUGAUGCCUGUCUGACGCCCAUACUAACGCCAUACAAACUCUAUAGGAGCGUUAGCAAUUUAGGCAAGUGUGAACAAGCCCUAAUAAUCUCAUUGUCUUUACCAGGCUUAAGUCAUGAAGUAGAAAUUUGGCUGUUAUGGGUUACUGCAUGUAAUUAAUCGAACUGUAAGACUAUACCCUAACUAAUCCAUGGUAUUUAAAUACCUCUCUAAAAGUUGCUGAGCUAACCUUUAAAUACCAUUUACUAGUACGACCGUAAAAUGUUGCAGGUUUAUCGUAAGUGAAGAUGUCUUGCACAAAGCAGACACACUUAAGCCCCAUACACAUGAUCCGAAAAUGGCGCUUUCGAAUCGAUCGUGCGAUAAAUCGAUCGUUGGUACAGAGCUUCCGAGAGCCGCUCAGGACAGUUCAUCCGAUUUUUUUUAUUCUAUCGGACAUGCACGGAAA